AUGGGAAAAUCUUUAAACAUUACAAAGGUUAAAAAGAAGUUUUACAAACGACGACAAACCACUCAUUGCGCUUUGAAUGAAGUUACUCGUCAAAAACACACGUGUGCUACACAGAGUCAUACUCCUUUAAUCCCCUAUGGCCGCAUUGGUGGUUUAUACGACGAUACGGCUCAUAUUAAGUGGACAUCAAACAAUUUUUUACAUUCGGGUUCUUGGGAAUCUCAUAGAGAUAAUAUUUGGUUUGAUAAUAUAGAUGUUUGUCAUACUUUACAUUAUAAUUUUAUAGGAAAUAGUUACUUUAUUGGAUAA